UUUCACAUGUGGUUUUUUGUGCUGAAAUUUCAAAAUGUCUAGUGCUCCAACUGCAGCCGAACUUAUAAGCGUUGGCGGCGAAAGAACGACCGGUGCUUCGGUCAGAACACAAAAUGUCAUGGCUGUGUCGGCUAUAGCAAAUAUUGUCAAAAGUUCUUUGGGCCCGGUGGGGUUGGAUAAAAUGCUCGUAGAUGAUGUUGGGGAUGUGACCGUAACCAAUGAUGGUGCUACCAUACUAAAGUUACUUGAGGUUGAGCACCCUGCUGCAAAGGUUUUGUGCGAGCUGGCUGACUUACAAGACCAAGAGGUUGGCGACGGUACAACUUCAGUUGUAAUAUUAGCUGCUGAAUUGCUAAAAAAUGCCGAAGAUCUGGUUAAGGCUAAAAUUCAUCCUACCUCAAUAAUCAGUGGAUACAGACUUGCAUGCAAGGAAGCAUGUAAGUACAUCAAUGAACAUAUGACCAUUGGUGUUGAUGAGCUUGGAGAAGAUUCUAUUGUAAGUGCAGCAAAGACCGCUAUGUCUUCUAAAUUGAUUGGGCCAGAUGGUGAUUUCUUUGGUAAGAUGGUCGUUGAUGCUGUCAUGGCUAUAAAAAGGGAGACGAAAGGCGAUGUGAAGUAUCCAAUAAAGUCCAUCAAUGUACUAAAAGCUCAUGGAGCCAGUGCUCGAGAGAGUAUGUUGGUCAGCGGUUAUGCUUUGAACUGUACCAUUGCAUCACAAGCAAUGCCUAAGAAAGUAAGCAAUGCUAAGAUUGCUUGCCUGGAUUUUAGUUUACAAAAAGCUAAGAUGCAACUUGGUGUGAGUGUUGUGGUUGAGGAUCCUGAUAAACUUGAAGCAAUAAGAAAGAGAGAGUCUGACAUAACUAAAGAGAGAAUUGAAAAGAUCCUUGCAACUGGAGCAAAUGUUGUUCUUGUUAGUGGUGGUAUUGAUGAUCUUUGUUUGAAAUAUUUUGUCGAAGCUGGGGCGAUGGCUAUAAGACGUUGUAAAAAACAAGAUCUUAAAAGAAUUGCACGUGCAACAGGAGCAACAAUGGUGCUGACAUUGACAAACUUGGAAGGGGAAGAAAGUUUUGAUGCUAGUAUGUUAGGACAGGCUGAGGAAGUUACACAGGAGAGAAUCUCUGAUGAUGAACUUGUUCUUAUCAAAGGUCCAAAAGCAAGGUCUGCAGCAUCUAUCAUUCUUCGUGGAGCAAAUGACUUCAUGUUGGAUGAGAUGGAAAGAUCGCUCCAUGACGCAUUGUGUGUGGUGAAACGUGUUUUAGAUUCAAAGAAAGUUGUUCCUGGAGGAGGGGCUGUGGAAGCUGCUCUAUCAAUAUACUUAGAAAACUUUGCUACCUCUCUUGGAUCAAGAGAGCAGUUAGCUAUAGCAGAGUUUGCAAACUCACUGUUAGUCAUACCGAAAACAUUGGCUGUAAAUGCAGCCAAGGAUUCUACUGAAUUGGUUGCAAAACUUAGAGCAUAUCAUAAUACAUCACAAACAAACAACGAUAAAGUGAACUUUAAAUGGAUGGGUUUGGACCUAGUUGAAGGCAGCAUUCGCGACAGCAAGAAUGCUGGUGUACUAGAGCCAGUGGUUUGCAAAGUAAAAUCCCUUAAGUUUGCUACGGAGGCAGCCAUAACUAUACUACGUAUUGAUGAUAUGAUAAAACUGGAUAAAAAACAAGAGGAACCAGCUGGUAGGUCUUAUCAGGAUGCUGUUCGUGGAGGACAUCUUUGAAACAGGUAGAAAACUAGAAGUUAUAUUAAAGUGUAAAUCUUGAUAUCUCUGCAGUGAUUGCAUUAACAGAAAACUUAAGACAUCUCCUGAAAUAUUUUUAUGUGAGCAAUAUUUAAAAUAAGCAUAAUAAAACUGGAACCAAAAGUCUGUUAGUUUUUUA